AUGUCUAGGGAAGGAGCCCAAAUUGGUGAAGCACCCCAAACGCAGCGAACAGAUCAAAUUGAAUCGCGAGUUCAGCUGACAGUUGAUCUACAGACUCAAGGAAUUACAUGCGUGAGCCCAACAACUCUGCAAUAUAUAACGAAGAAGGCAGAAACUAUUUUGAACAAAGAUACUGCAAUCGUGCAGGCACCUGGAUCGGUUUAUGGUACUGCAUUCAUGGUUGAAAGUACCACGACGGUUCGUCCACAUUAUGUUACGAAGGCCACAAAUGGAAAAAUAACAUGUAACGAUUGCCCAAAUUGGAAGGCGUAUAAGUUGAGUUUCCAUUCGUUGGCUCUUGCUGAAAAAACGGGAACAACCUUGAAGUAUCUCCAAUGGUUCAAGGAAAAAGGUCCCAAUCAGAUAAAUUUAACCACUCUAAUAACCUGUGACAGUGGCAAAGGAGUUGGGAAGAAAGGCAAUAAAUCUUCAACGGCACGGCGAAAAGAUGGAAGGUCUGGCAAAACUGCACCGACAAACACUGUAGAUCGUCUUAGUGGGUUAUCUAACUUUGUCUCGACACAGGCGCCAAUUUCAUCGGUGGAAAAUCUAAACAGAGCAACUAAUGUAAACACAGUUGAAACGGCCAUCCUGCGACCACCAUUACCACCAGAUAUAAUUAAUGCAGUACGGUACCAUCCAUCAACACAAACAUUUCCAACAGCACCAAUGAGAUCCGUGCCACAACAUUCUGCACCAUAUUCCAGUCCACUCCCGGAUAUAACUACCGCCCGUGGAUUUUCCGUAAACCUAUUGCAGUUCUGUCCAGCUUUAGUUCGAUCAUGUUAUGGUUGCGCGCAGCCCUUGAAGCCUGGCGGUGUCAUUGGUACUCCGCCUUAUGAUCUAGCUAUUGUGACACGGAUGAAUAGGGAAUUCCCUGAUCCAGUAACGGGCGUGAUACGAUCGAAAGAAGGAAACGUUUAUUUCCAUGUUCAUCUAAACUGCUUAAGAAGAAAGCAACCUUAUUUUAACCCCCAGAUGGCAAUUAUUCCACGCGAACUAUUUCAGCAACUAUGA